CGGGGUUGCCCCCUUCCCCGCUCCUGCGGAAACCCAGCUCCGGCGGGGAGCGGGGGGCUGCCUGGUGCCGCUUCUCCGCACGCCGGGCCUUCGCCGGGCGCCGGCAGCACAGGAGGGCCGCUCCGCGGAGCCGGGCAUGGGCAUCCCCACUCGGCUCCGUCCCGUCGAGGAGGUUUUUUCUGUCCGAUUGCCCCUACCUGGCAGGUGCGGGGACAGGGCGGGAAGCAGCCGCCGAGAUCCCGGCGCCGGGCGGAGCGGCCGCCGGGCACCCCCGCUCCCCGCCCCGCACCCCCGCCGGCCGAAGCGGAGCCGCGGCCCCAAACACGCUCCCUGCCCCGGCAGAGGGUCGGUGGGGGAACGCGCCUCGCGUUUCCCACCCCCUUCCCCGCUGGUGCCCGGUGGCAGCGGGUCCAGCCCCUCACUGCACCGGGUCCGUCUGCACCGCGCGCCUCCCGCUCCGCCGCCCGCACGGCCCGGCCCGGCAUGGAGCGGCGCUGAGAGCCCGAGGCAGCCAGCCCGAAGCCGCCUUUGUGCCACUGUCGGGGCGAGGAUUAUCCCCACCGUCCCUGGGAUGGAGGACGCCGGCGUCCAGCGGGGAAUAUGGGACGGGGAUGCCAAGACGGUCCAGCAGUGCUUGACUGACAUUUUUACCAGCGUUUACACCACCUGCGACAUCCCGGAAAAUGCCAUUUUCGGCCCCUGCGUCCUGAGCCACACGUCCUUGUAUGACAGCAUCGCCUUCAUCGCCCUCAAGUCCACCGACAAGCGCACCGUCCCCUACAUAUUCCGGGUGGACACGUCGGCGGCCAACGGCUCGUCGGAGGGGCUGAUGUGGCUACGGCUGGUGCAGUCGGCGCGGGAGCGGGAGGAGCAGAACCUGGAGGCCUACAUCAAGAGCGGGCAGCUCUUUUAUCGCUCCCUACGCCGCAUCGCCAAGGACGAGGAGCUGCUGGUGUGGUACGGGAAGGAGCUCACCGAGCUGCUGCUGCUCGGCCCGGCCCGGGCCCCCGCCCGCACCAACGGCUCGCCGCCCUUCGCCUGCCCUGAGUGCAGCCAACGCUUCCAGUUCGAGCUGCCCUUCGCCGCACACCUCCGGUUCCGCUGCCCCAAGAGGCUGCACGGCCCCGACAUCGGCCCCGCCGCCGAGGCCACUGCCGCCAAGGAUGGCGCCGGCAAGGAGCAGGAGCCCGGCAAGUUCGGGAAGCCCGGCGGACCGCAGCACCACCCCUUCCCCGGGCCCGACGGCGGCCCUGCCGCCAGCACCAAGCCCUCCACGGACUUCCACAACCUGGCGCGGGAGCUGGAGAACUCCCGCGGCGGGCGCGCCGGGUCCCCGGGACGGCCGGCGCCCCCCGAGGGUGGCCCUGAGGCGGCGGCCGGGAAGGCGAAGCGGCGCUUCCCCGAGGAGGAAGAGCGCGGGCCCGGCGCGGCGCGGGGCCGCUUCCCGGCGGAGCGGCCAGGGCUGCCGGCGGCGCCCAAGGAGGAGCCGGGCUGCGCCCCGCAGCAGCAGUACCGCGCCGCCGGCUCCUACUGCGGGCUCGAGGAGGGCGGACGCCUCUUCGCACCGCCCAGCCCGGAGACCGGCGAGGCCAAGCGUAGCGCCUUCGUGGAGGUGAAGAAGGCGGCCCGCGGCCCCGAGCCCGACGGCGGCCCCGAAGAGGGCCCGGAGCGCGGCUCCCCGGGCGCGGGCGGCGCAGAGCCGGGGCUGUGCCCCCGCGGCGGCGCGGGGGGCCCGCUGGCCGCCCGCCUGGACGGCGGCAGCCCGGCGCGGGGGAGCGCCUUCAGCACGGUGCCGCAGCUCGGGGCCGGCCCCGGGGGGCCCGGCGGCGGCGGGGCCGACGAGAGAAAAAGCGCCUUCUCGCAGCCCGCCCGCUCCUUCCCGCACGUCCCGCCGCUGGUGCUGGGUCCUAAGCUGGGCGGGCUGGGCGAGCCCUGCCCCGACGGCGCCGCCGCCCCCGCCCGCCUGUACGCCGCCGAGGCGCUGGCCGCCAAGCUGCCGGGCGGCGGGGAGGCGGCUGGCGGCGGUGGCGGCGGCGGCGGGGGCCUGCCCAAGCAAAGCCCCUUCCUCUACACCACGGCCUUCUGGCCCAAGAGCUCGGCGGCGGCGGCGGUGGCGGCGGCGGCGGCGGGGCCGCUGCAGCUGCAGCUGCCGUCGGCGCUGACGCUGCUGCCGCCGUCGUUCACCUCGCUGUGCCUGCCGGCUCAGAACUGGUGCGCCAAGUGCAACGCGUCCUUCCGCAUGACCUCGGACCUGGUCUACCACAUGCGCUCCCACCACAAGAAGGAAUACGCGCUGGAGCCCCUCGUCAAGCGCCGCCGCGAGGAGAAGCUCAAGUGCCCCAUCUGCAACGAGUCCUUCCGCGAGCGCCACCACCUCUCCCGCCACAUGACCUCCCACAACUAGCGGGGACACCCCCCCGGCCCCGGGAACCCGUCCGAGACCCCCGCGCGGGGGACACCCACACCGCCCGCCUCUCCCACCCUUUCCCUUCGAUGCACGCGUUUCCACAGUCCGGGGAGGGGCGGGGAGGGCAGCGGGUGAGGAGGAGGAGGUGAAGAAGAAGAAGAAGCAGAAAAUGAAGGUAAAAGUAAAAAAUUAAAAAAAAAAAAUAAAAAAAAAAAAAAAAGAGAGAGAGAGAGAAAAGAGAAGCACCGGGAAAAAGAAAAAAAAUCAAAUGACUUACAAAAUACAUUUUUUAAAAUGUCAUAUAUUGCAACAUAUUGAUGCAUUUGUCAUACGUUUCUACUUAAAUUAUUAAGCACUUAUGGUUUAGAUGUAAUAAUAAUUCUAUGUCAGGGUAAAUUUUUAUUUUGGAUAUGAAGCUAAGGGCGAGGGGAGCGCGGCGGGGGCCGGCGGGCGGCGGGCCGGGGUCCUGCAUGCACCGGGCGCUACCCCCGUCCGGCCCCGCCGCCCGCGCCCCUUCCCCCCGAGUGUCACUGGUGCCCGUGGAAUGGAGUCUCGGUAGUUCCGUGUUACCUUCCCUUUCCCGUUUGGGUUGUUUUUGGUUUUUUUUUUUUCCUCGCCCCUCUGGAAAAAAAAAAAAAAAAGAUUUAUUAAACUUUAUAGUUUAUCCGGGUAUGUUGGAUGCUUUGACAAUAAAUGACUUUAUUUUC